CCCGUUCCAUUCCCCUUCAUUUACGCUUUUGAAUAAAAUAUAUAUUCUCGAAUAGGUAAUUAUUUAGAUCAAAAGGCUUGUUUCUCUUGUUUUGGACAAUUGAGAAGAUUAAUUUAACACAAUUUUUUUAAUUUCAAAUGUGGUUAUUACACCAAUUGCCCAUUCUUAAAAACCAUACGUAAAGGCCUACAAAGAUGUUCAUAUAAAAAGGCCUUAUUGUGAUACCAUGGGCCAUAGGGUAGGCUAUAUUAGUCCAAAAAUUCUUCAUAUCUGUUUUGUUCAGUUAACUCUAAUAAUAAUUUGGUGAAACCUAUUGUUGUAGAUGACGCUUACCCUUCCGCGAAAUCAGUCGAUUGGAGUCCAAGGAAGAGAUCUCAAGUUGACGCUAGAGGAUGCUCUGAGCUAUGUGAAAGAAGUCGAGAGAGCGUUUGCACACGACCAAGGAAAGUUUGCCACUUUCUGCAAGCUGAUGAUUGAUGCCAAGAGGAAAAGGUUGGGAAUGUUUUUGUAUAUCUAUCUAAGGAACUUUUGGUUUUGUGGAAGAAGAGAAAAAUAUGCAGAAGAAGAUUAAUGCUCUGAAUGAGCUUGUUGACACAUAGAAAUAAGCUCUAAUGAAUUUGGAUUCAAA